AUGAGAGAAGUAACAAAAGUCAUCAGAGUCAUACGAGGAUUCCGCUGGUACUUUAUGUCGCUUAAACUCACGCGGCAGCGCAGUGUGCUCAGCUGCCGCAGUUUCUGGAGAUCGCUGGAACGAAAGAAAAACAACGUCUCACUAAAUGGCAGUAGGCGAAUUAGAUGUGACUUCUCAAAAGUAGAACCUAGGGCAGACUGGUGA